CGGUUGCGUAUCUCUGGUUUAAACCUUCGAUCAAUGAUUCCGGGUUUAAAUCACGGUUUAUGCGUUGCACACAGGUAAGGCUUAGGUGAGUACGGCUCAGAAUUACGGUAAAUUCUGAACCUGCUAUAGGGGUGGUUUAAACCCAGCUUCGUAUUUUUGUGGGAAAUAAUGGCGGAGUAUUUGGAUGAAGUAGACAGGUUUGACCUUGUAGAAAGAUUGAUAAGGAGAGAACAAAUUAUUAGAGAUAGACUUAAUCCUAUCACUUAUUACAAUGACACAGAUUUUAUUGAUAGAUUUCGACUUAGCAAAGAGGCUAUUUUGUCUAUUCUAGACGAUAUUAGUGGUGACUUGGGAGAUGGAAUUUUGCACACCUCAUCCAUCUCUCCAUUGAAUCAACUUCUAAUAACUUUGAGAUAUUAUGCAACUGGCAAUAUGUUAUCGGUAAGCGGGGAUUUGUUUGGGGUGCAUAAAUGUACUGUGUCAAGAAUCAUAAAGAAAGUUUCACGUGCAAUAGCCUCUUUGUACAACGCACACAUAGAAUUUCCUUCUGGAAAUAGAAUUUUAGAUGUGCAAAGAGCGUUUAUGCAACAGAGUAAUAUACCUGGUAUUGUAGGAUUAAUAGAUUGUACCCACAUUCCAGUUAUUUCUCCAGGAGGAGAUAAUGCUGAACUUUUUAGAAAUAGAAAAGGAUAUUUCUCAAUUAAUGUACAGGCAAUCUGUGAUCAUGAACUCAAACUUACUAAUGUUGUGGUACGUUGGCCAGGCAGUACACAUGACAGUAGAAUUUUUGAUAAUUCUAAUAUUUGUGCUAAGUUCGAACGCAGAGAAAUUAAUGGAAUUUUGCUCGGUGACAAUGGAUACCCACUGCGGCAUUAUCUUGUAACUCCAGUUCUCACUCCAAACUCUAGAGAGGAGAGAAGAUUCAAUUUUGCUUUAUGCAAUACACGUGUCAAAAUUGAAAACGUUUUUGGCAUAUUGAAAAGACGAUUUCCCUGUUUGCGACAGCAGCUUCGACUAAAACUUCAAACAAAUAUAACAGUGAUUACUGCCUGUUGUGUGUUAUAUAACAUAGCAAGGGAACUUUCAAUUCCUCUACCAAAUGAAGAUGAAAGUGAUGAAAUUGACCAGGUUCCUGUACCUGUGCUACAGAAUCGCAAUCAAGGAGGCAGGGCCCUACGUUCAAUUCUGAUUCGUAAUUUCAGAUAAAGAUUUUAAACAUGUUCUACUUCUGCCAUCUCCAAGAGCCUGCUUUUAACCUGUUCUUGUUUCCCUUGGAGCCUUCUCUUAACUGAUGGUGCUGUUGUGGAUGCGGAACUAGACGAGGAGGUGUUAUUGGAUUCGGUGACACAAUUUGCCUGUGUGGAUAAAUAAUUCUUAAUUUCAACUAUUAUUGGGAACUUUUUUCAACAUUCAAAUGUAG